AUGAUAACUGGACAUCCUCUAAUAAAGAGAGGAGUUGAAAGUAGUAAUUUCAUUCUUGAUUGGGUUCAACCUAAAAUUGAAUGUGGGGAAAUUGAAGGCAUUGUUGACCCAAGAUUAGCUGGAGAAUUUAGAAUUACCUCAUGCAUGGAAGUUUUUGAAGUAGCAAUGUCAUGUAUCUCAGCAACAGCAAUGCAAAGGCCAGAUAUAAGUCACAUAUUGCAAGAACUACAAGAAUGUUCAGCUUUAGAGAUGGAUCAUGACAUUGUAACAAGAAAUUCACUUGGUUAUACUGCGAACUAUGAAUCAAUGACCAUUCUCUCUGCUAGGUAA